AAGGAGGCGCCGUUUUAUAUAGGACACGUGUAAUCUAACGCAUCGACUACAAGCUCGUUGAAAUGGGGGACGGUAACAGACAAGAGAUUUUCAUGAUGAUGCGUUAUCCUGUCAGCAUGGGUGCUCUCAGCGAGCCCGAGCUAGAUCACAUGUUUGGAGUCAUCCGCAAGGACUCUGUCAUGAUGGACAAGGAUUGCACGUUUGGAGCUUCAGUGACUGCCUGCAGCAACCCUGCUAGUGGAAACAGUUCGCCUACGGCAUUCUCAGCCCCGACAACACGUGUCUCAACCCUUGUGUCAAAGUUUGAGGGCACAACAAAGCCCAAUGGUGCAACAUCAGCAGACGUUCGAGCAUCAGUCAACAGUUAUCAGCGGUUUUCUCCGCUCUCCUCUCGGAGUGACUCUCUGUCCAGCAACUCUGUGUCCUCUACCGAGGUUACUAAGGGCUUUUAUUGCAAAAGUGCUCCAGCUUAUAGCGCUACUGGUUCAGACAAACUAAACCCCACUAUUGUGGUGGAAAUGUUCACAAGUUGGGUUCUUGGUGAUGACGAUGGGUUUGUUAAUGCUGCCUGCUAUUGCAUCAGCUCUGCCAUUCAAGAUCGUAUUCUUUCACAAAGAUCACUCAAUUUCAGUAUUCAUUUUCUGAUAUCAACUCCAGCCACAGUUUACACGUAUCCACCUUGCUGUAGUAAUGACUCAUAGAUAUUAAUUUACACAACAACAAUAAUAGCACAUGAAAGGAGUUCUUUUAUGCACGCAGUCAUGUAAAUGAUUUGGAAACACUGUCAUUAUUAGAGACUCCACACUCAUCCAUAGGGAGUGGCUGCCAGGCACCAUUACGACCUUUGCAGUCUUUGUGACAUUUCAAACACAAGCAAACACAAACUCCCACGAAAACCAAGAAACUCAGUAUAGAAAUGCUCAGCGACACAUAGAAAACUGUCAAAUGAGAAGAGAUAGUGUAUUCAUCUUUGCUUCUAGCGUUGGAAGCUUUCAAAAGGAUUCGUGGUGCAUUUGUGGAGCUUGUUUGUGCGUAGUUAGCAAUAAUACAAAUAUCAGGGCCGUUUGAAGGGUCGAAAUAGCACGAAACUUCUGUAGAGUUUAACUGGCAGCGUUCAGUGUACGUUUGUACAUAGUCAGUGAAUACAUAGUAUUUCCGUCUGACGUAACGUGAGAUGUUUACAGCUGUUCCAGCCGGAGCAACAAAAGUAGGGAUGUAGUAGCUAGCUACAGCGGGUUCAUAAUCCACUCUGUUUGGUUCAUUUGCCUUAAAUAUCUGUUCAAACACAGCUUUUUUCUGGGAAGAUUGGUUGGUAUGGUGACUAACAUACUGAUCAGCAUCAAGUGUGUUGCUAAAAAUCCUCAUUAUCAACUCCGAUGUAUUAGGUGCACCACCCAGUGUUAUAAAAUACUUCAGAUAUGAUUCCAACUCAAAGUGGUUGUAGCCAGGGGGUAACUUUGUGGGAUAUUCAGUCGUGAAAUACAAAUGAAGGUCGGAAACAUUGACAUACAAUUCAUGAACAACAAGUUCCUCACAGUUUACUGAAAGAAGGCUCACAUUGAACUUUGUGGAUUGCCUGUUUUCAACCGUUGCUAUAAGUUGUACCGGAGGUUUACCUUUGUAUGCCAGUAUCGUGUCACUUUGCAACAGUUCCAUGGUGCCAGUUGAUUCCCACCACUGAUUAUUAUGUUUGAGGAGCAUGCUUGUAAACGUGAGGGGAGUGAGUGCAACAGCAACGCUAAAGGCAAAGAGAAGCAGAAGUCCUGCCAAACACAUUUUACAGCAAUGUGCAUUUUCGUCCUUGAGCAUUAGUGCCAUCAGGAAGGGCACCAGGGCCUCUUGUGCCCCCAUAACCUCUAAUGGCGUUCUUUCCUUCUGGAUCGUGUUCAGCUAAGAGACGACAAAAUAGCUUAGUGAGAAAUACACGCUAUAGCUAGCUUCUUGCAAUCAUUAUUUCCCAAUAUAUUGCCCUGUCUCGCGGGCCAGACAAUCGCGCAAAAAGUGAGGUAUAUACGACCAGGAGGAUCUAUAAUUAUUAUACUGGCUAGCAAGACAACAGCGCCAGACAGGACGCCUAACCUUUGGUCACGGGUUGACUCGAGGAUGAUUGGCGGUUCCGUGCUGUUAAACUGAUUUCGGGCACUAUAAUGAUAGCGAAUAAAUGAUUUAGAUGGAUGGUUGUGUAUUUCUUAGCUAUGCACCUACCCCGUUGCUCAGCACCUU